AUGAACAAUGGCACAAGAAGAGCCUUGACAGGCUCUAUACACAAAAUAAGAGAGUUCGAAUUGGAAAAAGUAUGCCUCGUUGAAGAGUUUGACAUUCUACAAAUUGUUGGAGAAGGAUGGUUUGGAAAGAUUUUGUUAGUGGAACACAGGGCGUCAGAUACAGAGAUUGUGUUGAAAGCCUUACCUAAACCAUACGUGUCUAUUAGAGACUUUUAUAGAGAAUUUCAUUACAGCUUACACUUAAGCGCCCACAAAAAUAUUGUUACAACAUUCGAUGUAGCAUUUGAGACUGCUGGCUUCUACGUAUUUUGUCAAGAGUAUGCACCUUUAGGUGAUUUAACAUCAAAUAUGCUUGAUACAGGAAUUGGUGAGAUUCACACAAAGAGAGUAGCAAAGCAGUUAUCAGCUGCAUUGGAACAUCUUCACCAAAGAGACUUAGUUCACAGAGAUGUAAAACUAGACAACGUUCUAAUAUUUAAAUCAGACUUUUCAAGAAUAAAGCUUUGCGACUUCGGAGAAACCAGGAAGGUUCAAUCCGCAGUGAGAAGGCGAAACGAAUGGUUACCAUAUUCACCACCUGAAAUUCUAAAAUUACCAAUGGACAGUAGUUACAAAGCGUUAAUGAGCCAUGAUAUUUGGCAAUUCGGGAUAGUUAUUUUUAUUUGCCUGACUGGAUGUUUGCCUUGGCAGAAAGCAGCAUUCGAUGAUCCUCGAUACUCGAGCUACUAUAAUUGGUACAAUAGUUCUAAUCCUUUAAAGAGGCAACCGAAAUUGUGGAAAAUGGUUUCGUCUAAAGCUCAAAAACUGUUUAAAAAGUUCAUAGAGCCCAGAGCAGAGAAAAGGGCAAUUAAUUUCAUCGAUCUAUCUCGUUUUGCAGACGAUAGAUGGUUAGCUAAAGGAUAUACGGACAGAGUGCCUGGCGAAGACAUAGAUGAGCUUUGUCCAUCAAUGUAUAGUUUCCACAGUGACCCCAACGAAAAGAAUGUACUCUUAAAACAUUUUAGGGAUAACGGAAUAGAAACCACCGUUGAUCGCCAAGCAAAAAAACAAAGAAUACGAGACUGGAUACAAAAUAGUGUAAUUGAAGAAGUUGAUGAAGAGGAAGAAAACAUUGAUACUUUCGAAGACAGUGAUGAAGAAUUAGAACAUAGACCAAGAGACCAUCCAAUUGAUGAAAGUCAUAGGGUAACACUGCGAUACGACACUGAAAAACAUAUAAAUCCUAGAACAGGUGAAGUAAUAGACGGAGUCAAGACUACUCAGUCUGAGAAAAAACCGCUUUCUUAUGAUGUACAAAAUAUAGAGCCUGUAGCAAAUGUUGUCAGAAGAUACGGGGUGAAAGAGGAAGGUGGAUCUCACAGCUCUACUAAAGACAGCGCAUAUGGUUCGAUGGAAGUCAAAGUGAAUACACCGGUAAGGUCGAAUCAUAAGUCUGAUCACAAAUCGAUCACUUCAGUAGACAGCAUUCAAAAUAAUUCACCCAGUAGAUCAUUGAGUGCAACAUCUAUAAAUCAAAGUAGAUCGCCAAUGACGACGCAUGCACAAAGAUUUCAAAGAAGUGAAGAAGUGUAUUCAAAAGAACUGGAUAGUUUGAAAGGAAGCUCAUCUACACUACAUUCAUUAGCAAAUUCAUCCAGAUCAAAUAGUCUUCAGGUCACACGAAAUAAUUCCAAUGAUAGUUCAUCAGUUGCUAGUAGACAGAGUCCGCCAAAACCUGAAAUUCAAAAUUCAAGCCGACCGAAAAAUCAUGUAGCAACACAGAAUGGAUUCAGUCCGGGUACCAAAACAGUUCCACCCACGAGUAAAGGAUAUGUUUCUAUGAAAAGUACACCGUAUGACAAAGUCGGUGUUCGCAGCGAUAAAGGUUCUAUGGCAGAUACUAAUGGUCAUAAAAACCAGAUGCCAGAAAGCCCUUAUACCUCGAUGCUGAACAUAGUGCAAGGACAAAUGAAAAUAAAUCCUCAUGUGUCUGAAACUAACAAAAAUACCAUUAAUGUUUCAGUAUCGGCUGUUAAUCGUAAUAAUAAAAUGUAA